AGCACACCUCUAGACGCCCAAUUCCUCAAACACCUUUGCUUGCCUAUGCCAUGGCGGCGCCGUCCCCAGCGGUGCGGCAGCUCGAAGACGCGGUCGUCGCGAGGCUCCGUGCCUGCGCCACGUUCCGGGACCUCCUCCGCGCGCACGGCCACGCCGUGCGGCGGUGCCUCUCUCGGAGCAGCUACGUCGCCACCCAGAUCGUCCACCUCUGAAACGCCCACGGCCGCGCCGCGCACGCCGCUCGGGUCUUCGCCCAGGUCCCCGACCCGAACCUCCACCUCCACAACGCCAUGAUCAAGGCCUACGCGCAGAACCAUCUCCACCGCGACGCAGUCGAGGUCUACGUCCGCUUGCUCAGGUGCCCCCCGCUUCCUUGGGGCGGCGGAUUCUCCGGCGGCGACCGGUUCACGUACCCGUUCCUGCUCAAGGCCUGCGGCGGCCUGGCGGCGGUCGAGCUGGGAAACCAGGUGCACGCGCACGUGGUGAGGUCCGGGUGCGAGGCACACGACAUCGUGCAGAACUCCCUGAUCGAAAUGUACACCCGCUGCGGCGAUCUGUCGCUCGCGCGCAAGGUGUUCGAUGAAAUGAGGAACAAGGACGUGGUGUCCUGGAACACGCUCAUCUCAGCGCACGCGAGGCUGGGGCAGAUGAGGAAGGCACGGGCGUUAUUCGAUUCGAUGCCUGAAAAGACGGUGGUUUCCUGGACCGCGUUGGUGUCCGGGUACACAGCAGUCAGCGACUUCGCCGGCGCGGUCGAGGUGUUCAGGCUGAUGCAGAUGGAAGGCUUCGAGCCAGACGACGUGAGCAUCGUCGCGGUGCUGCCGGCCUGUGCUCAACUUGGCGCUCUGGAGCUAGGCAGGUGGAUAUACGCUUACUGCAACAGGCACGGCAUGCUGCGCAAGACGUACAUCUGCAACGCGCUGAUGGAGAUGUACGCGAAGUGCGGGUGCAUCGACGAAGUGCUGCAGCUGUUCCACGGCAUGCCCGAGAAGGAUGUCAUCUCGUGGAGCACGGCGAUCGGCGGCCUCGCGGCGCACGGGAGGGCGCGCGAGGCGGUCAGGUUGUUCGAGGCCAUGGAUGGAGAAGGAAGGGUGCGGCCAAACGGCAUCACUUUCGUGGGGCUUUUGUCAGCCUGCUCCCAUGCCGGGCUCCUGGAUGAAGGCCUGCGCUACUUCGACCGCAUGAAGGAUGCCUACGGAGUCGAACCCGGUGUCGAGCACUACGGGUGCCUAGUGGAUCUCCUUGGCCGGUCAGGGCGAAUCCAGCGCGCCCUGGACACCGUACGGGGCAUGCCAAUCCCCGCCGACGCCAAGAUCUGGGGAUCGCUGCUCAGUGGGUGCUGCAGCCACGGCGACGUGGACACUGCCGUGGUGGCGGCCGAGCGGCUGGUCGAGCUGGAGCCGGGCGACGUGGGUAACCUUGUCAUGCUGGCCAACGUGUAUGCCGCGGCGGAGCGGUGGGGCGACGUGGCGAACACAAGGAAGGAGAUAAGGAGACAGAGCACGAGGAAGACGCCGGGGUGCAGCAUGAUCGAGGUGGACAACGUGGUGAGGGAGUUCGUCGCCGGGGAGGACCUGGGGCCUGAGCUGGGAGGCCUUGCUGCCGUGCUGGAUAUCCUGGCCUCGCAGCUUGCUGCCGAUGAUGAAGAAUUCGAUGAUUCAGAUUGCUGGGUUAAUGCGAAUGUGUUACCAGUGACUGAUCAUUGCCAAAAUGAGAGGUGCAUUUGAGGUGUCCAGAUUUGAGAAAUACUCCUCUGUUCACUCGGAAACAAUUUGGAGAUUGUGAAUGAGUUAAUUAUAGGGGAAUGGGAUGUGCAAUUACUACAUGAAACUUUUUGGCCGGAGGAUGUUACUGAAAUCCUCAGGAUACCAAUUGAUGAUCAGGAGGAGGAUUGGCCGGCAUGGCACUUUGAUGCAAAGGGACUCUUUUAUGUAAAAUCAGCAUCCAAGGUGGCACUGGCAAACAGAGAUGCAAGUGCUAGCUGCAGUGCUUCUGGAUCUGAUGUCUCUGGCUCCAGGAGACGUGAGUUUGAAUGGCACAAGAUUUGGCUGCUAAAAGUCCCCAACAAAGUUAAGAUGUUUAAAGGGAGAUUAUAAUAGUCUCCCGGUGAGAAGGAAUGUGCCAACUGCCAAGGCGUAGGGGUUUUCUGGACACUAUAUGUCCAGUGGUCAUUGUGGGCAUUUCUUUUUUAAGUGCAAAUGCAUGACGUGAAUUGGACUUGGAACAUAUCAGAAUUGAGCUGGUAAAAUGCUGACUAGGGAAACAAUUUCUGAACAUGGUAUGGUCACUAGAUAAGAAAGAGCAACUGGAAGUGAUCAUCCAUCUAAGUGGUCGGCUAGGGAAAAAGAUGGGAGGAUGUCAGGUGCAACAGAAAUUCAGAGCUCGGUGUUGUAUUUUUCUACUGAAUUUGAAAAGCUGGAAGCAGCUGAGCGAAAAUGUCAGGGACCUUUCAGAGUAAAAUGGGCGCCACCAGUCAUCAGAGGAUAUCUACACGACCAACAUCACGGAGUUCUCUUUCCAGAGACCAAAGGGGAACGAUUGGGUUUUGUUGCCCGGGAUAAAACAGGAGAUGUGGUGGCGGUGGGGGCUGGAGAUAUUAGAUGCGCAGCAUGGACGUUUCAAACAGAGGCGAUUGUGGCUCACAGUCACAGAAGCAUUCAGAGAGCAUCCGAAUUGGUCAUGAGGCUAUCUCCAGCAAGGAUUGCCAUUUAGGUUGGCGUACGCAAAAUGGCAACGUUUGGUCACUGUAGCAGCUGGCAAACGAGUCCAACAACGUUGCCAAACCCGAUAGGCAUUUUGCGUCGGUGGAGAGAGGAUAGCCAAAUUGCCUUCUCCAUCGUGGGGAGGCAUUCCACCACCGACGCAACGGUCAUUCCCCCCUCCCCACAUCGAGAGAAGCCCCCGCCGUGCCAGAUCUCGCCGCCUCGGGUGCGACUCGCUCCCGAAAGGUCACCACCGGCGACGACACAAGCUCCAUCUCCGGCGACUCCGUAGUCUCAAGGUUCGUCCUCUUCUUCCUCUUGACAUGGUUGCGUUUUGGAUCUGGGUUUGGACAGCAUGGGAAGGUUCCCUUCGCCGGAUCUUACGAGCGGUGCCCCAUCCCUGGCCGAUUCCGGCGCCUUGGCCCCGGCGUGACGCGUCCGCUUGGCCAUGGCUUGACGGGGCCUCUUCGCCCGGCCGUGGCGGAGCUGCCCCACCCCGUCAUGCCGCAGCCGGCUUUCCCCCGCCUUGGCGCGUCCGCCUUGGCCCCGCCGUGACGCGGCCCCCUUGGCCCUCCUGUGCGGCGGCUUCCCAACCCCGCCUUGCCGCAGAUGCCUUGUCCCCACGUUGCCGCGGCGUCCUUGCCCCAGCGAGCAGCGGCUGACCGUGAUAUUCUGUUGUUAAUUUGCGUCCAAUUUAUUUGUGUUUCAUUGCCGCAGCGAAUAGUGAGUUCAUUGCGGUUAGUGCGUCUACGAUUGUGGGCCUUUGCAGAUGACGGAUACGGAGGCAGUUCUGGACUCGGCCAUUGCCACCAUGUAGGGCACCGGCAACCAGAUCCUGGCCGUCUGCAAGGAAAAGCUCCACUUUGGGAAGAUGUUGAAUGUCAUGGAGGUCAAGGAACUGGGUGAAAUCCUUGAAGCAAUAGCUGAAGCGUUGGAUCAGGAUUCGCUGUUGUGCCAGGAGGCCGCCGAUAACGCCAAGAAGGAGGUGGAGUCUGACGAUGGUGUGCCGUCGGACGUGACAUGGCCGGAGAGCUCACCUGAACUUCACAGGACCGAGUGCCUGUCUCGCAAAGAUCACAUCGAGACAUUCUGGGGCGUCGACUAUGACUCCGAUGCCAUGCCCAACUUUUCUGACUAGAUGUCAUGGUCUAAUCCAGGCCAAAAAUGAAAUGUAUCCCUGAAUGUCUUAGUUUAUGUUUCGAACAAUGUCGAACCUUAGCUUUGUUGCCCUAUGUUGUGAACUAUGAUCAUGUGUGAAGUAAUGUACUGAACUAUGUUUUAAUUCAGGCGUGCAUGUCAUGCAUUUGUGUUUUAAUGCUUCCCAUAUGUCUCCAAUCCCCGUUAUAUGAUCAUGAUAAUGUUGUAGGAUGGACAACCGUUUCAAUCCCUAUGUAUGUGAUGGUGAAAACUCUCAGGCCUGUCCUGACACACAGCAGUGGGAGUUCCCAUUGUCGGCAACCUUGGAUGCGAUUGGCCGAACUACAAAUCCUCAGCACAUGGCACAUUCUGGAUUGAAUUUUGAAAUGCACCAAGGAGAAUUUGAUAUUCAUGAAACUGAUUCAGUGUUGGAGAUGCUUCCUCCCAAACCUAGUAAGUCAAUAAAAAAACUGACCAAAAGGUUGUCUCAAAGAGGUAAAGCUUUCAGCAAAGAAGAAGAUAGGAUUAUAUGUUCUGCAUUUUUGAAUGUGAGCAAGGACCCUAUCACUGGAACAAACCAAUCUAGUGGAGGAUAUUACCAAAGGAUGCAUGACUACUUCGAUGAGCACCUUGGAGCACCUUCCAGUAGAAGUGUCAAAGCCGUCCAGCAUCGUUGGUUGACUAUACAAAAGGCGGUUAACAAAUUCUAUGGACAUUAUUCAACAGUUGAAAGGUUGAAUGAGAGCGGAAAAAAUGAGCAGAACAUGAUUGAUGAUGCAGCUAAAUUGUAUGAGGACACAGAGUCAUGGACAUUUGAACACUGCUGGAACAUACUGCGGCAUGAACUGAAGUGGAAUGAUAAAAUGAUAGAAAUCGAAGCCCUUGGUACUGGUACACGAGUGAAUCAACGUGUGCCUGUUGAUGCCGCUGCUGAACCGAUGCCAGGUGAAAAUGCAGACAAUACGGCACGCCCCGAAGGUAGAGACAAUGGAAAGAAGCGUAAGGCAAGGGCAUGUGCUCAAGACUCCCAGUCCUCGGCUGCAAUUGAGGUCCUCUCUGCUAUGAAUGCACGAGGGCAAUUGAAGGAUGAUAAAGAAGACACACAAAUGGCUCAAAUUCUUGAGAGGAAGGAUGCUAAGAUUUAGCUGCAGCAAAAUUUGAUUGCAAUGCAGCGAGAGGACAUGGAGAAGAGGUAUGAGAUUGAGAAGGAAAAAUUGGUACUGAAUAGGGAGGACCUUGAGUUGCGUAAAGAGAACACAAAGGUUGAGAUGUUGAAAGCCGAAGCUCAUUUCAUGGGUCAGGACCUUGACAAGCUAGCACCACACUUGAGGGAAUACUACCUGACCAUCCAGCGUGAGAUUAUGGAGCGUCAUGGCAUUAGGUCUGCUCCUCCUGGUAGCACAUCUCAAUAGUCUUCCAGAGUCUAUUACUGAGAGUUUGUAUACUGUUGUGUAAUACACCAUUAAGUAUGUUGUGCACUUGUUUUUCAUGAAUGGUCUGAACUUUACUA